CCCAGCCACUUCCAGCAUGGUCUAGCUUUGUAGCUGCGCAUUUACGGACUGAGCUAAUAGAGGCCCAAUAAAAUACCGCUAAAGUGCAAAUCUACCCCAAGUGAUGGUCCAUCCACCAUUCAUUAUUCAUUUAUUGCACUCACUGAUCAAUUUCCUUGAAAUUUCAAUUACCCCGCCACUGGCAACAGUUGAUCCAAUAUUUACCCAAACUCGCCUAGCAAAGAUCAGCAUCUUCUAUAAAAUUAAACCUCCCCAUCGGAAUAAGUUGCAGUUCGCUUGCAGAAUGAUUUCCGUUAAGUUUUGUGCUCUCAUUGGACUGACACUAGCUCUGCUCCCCUCAACUCUGGGAGUGCCAAUCUUCUGGUUCCCAUGGAACUACCUACUCCCAACAACUAGCACCAGCGGAAGUAGCAGCAGCAGCAGCAGCAACAGCAAUUCGGCCAGUUCCAGCAGUUCCUCAACGACCCUUCGUCCGAUAAUGGCUAGCAUUGCCAUCGGAAAUCGACUCAAUACCAGUGCCAUGACGGACAACGGAACCGUAAUCAACGGCUUGACCAUCACCCGUGGUCGUCGGUCGGCGGCCGCUCAGCAGACUGAACUUUCGGACUACGUACGUUCACAAACAAGAGAAUCGUUCAUCCAGGUGGGGAACCAAAUCAUUCGCCUACCGCCGGGUGAUGUAGCCAACUUGACGAUCAACAUCGUCGAUGGAGUUCCCUACGUGUUCGGGAAUACUGCCCCUACGACGACCGGAAGCGAAGCCAUGACCACCGGGAUAUUUUCCCAAAUCAGGAACUUCUUUGGAGAAUUCUUCAAUCGUGCCUGAUUGAUGGAGAACUUUGACCCUUGCGUUCUAUUUCGGGUUGAACGGCACCAGUUGCCCGAUCGUAGUGAAAUAUAUCCCCAGUGUUGUAACAUGGAUCGAGUGCAUGUUUAUUUUUAAAAAUUUCAUCGUUCUACUUAUGUGAUGAUACUGCAGCCGGCGGUAGACUAAAUAGGAGACUGGGGUGGUGAUGGAGCCGAUGCCAAAUAUAAAAUUCAAACACAAGCUUUGUUUCCUUCCUUCCUUGUGGUUUCGUUAUGCGAUGACUUAGAAUGACAGUGCAUUUUUUAGUGUCUUGAGAUUCAACCGUCUUUUCGUCAAUUUUGCUAAUUUGUACACCUAACCGG